UUAAUCGAUUGGUCGCUCUCUGAGCAUCAACAAACAGCCGACUGAUUCAGUUUCUGUUAACAGCUCAAAGCGUCAUCAGUCACAUCAUCAGUGACAUCAUCAGUCGCAUCUAACCAAUCAGGUCGCAGAUCCAAAGCUCAAAAAGUGUCCCGGUCCUUCAGCAUCAGGUCACACAGUCAGAGAGUCUUCAUCAUCUUCAUCGUCCUCCUCAGUUCAGCGGCUGCUUCUUCACUUCAGACUCUCUAAUGGGACUCGGAGAAGGAGACAUGACGGAUCAACAAGAGAACAACGCAGUGUCGAGAGUUUCCCGCCUGCCUCUGGUCCGCUCGGCGUUCCAGACGAUGACAUCAGCGUACUUAGAAGUCAAAGGUCGUUACCCUCUGCUGCGUAUGAUGGGAGGCGUGGCCGAGGUCAGCGUCCGCCGCAUCUCCAAUGUGGCCAUGACACAGGCCACGCCCCUUCUCCAGACUCUGGAGCCGCAGAUCGAAGUGGCGAACAGCUUCGCUCUGGUCGGUCUCGAUCGUCUGGAGAAAAACUUCCCGAUCCUGAACCAAUCAACGGACGAGGUGAUGGGACACCUGAAGGACGCCUUCUUCCUGACGCUGGACGACGUGCAGGUCUGGGUGGUGGACGGUCUGGACGUGGCUCUGGAUCAGCUGGAGCGUCUCUCAGACUCGGCAUGGGGGGCGGUCCAGCUGCUGCAGGACAGUCAGGUGGGCCGAGUCGCCACAUCAGGACUUGAUGAUGUGCUGAGCCGCCUGGAGGACGCCACCGCCUACUACCUGCCCCUCCCCGCUACGCUGCGUCGGGAGUGGGAGAUGAGGGUCCAGGAGUACGAGGAUGACGAUGACGAUGAGGAGCCCGGUCUGUGGACCAGGAUCCGCAGCCUCCUGCUGAGCCUCAGCCUGCAGCUCUACCAUCGUAUGAUGAAGGUGAGAGAGCAGCUGCAGAGAGCGGCCGGGACACUGGGAGGUGCUGCAGACACGGUGGGUCUGAGCCGGGUCCUGGAGCUGGUCGGAGACUUGCUGCAGUACUUGCAAGGCCUGCUGGUGGCUCUGGUGUACCGUGCAGAGAGCCUGAGGGAGCUGACCCUGAGCGGGGUCAAAGGUCAGGCCCUGAUGCUGGUGGAGCUGCAGCCGGUCCGUCAGAUCAGAGAGCUCCCGCUUCAGAUCCAGCAGCUCCUCGGAGACCUGCAGGAGCUCUCCAGGAUCCUCCUGCAGCUGGUGAUCAACGCCACGCCGCUCUACAACCUGCUGCAGCAGCCGUCGUCUCAGGAGGUCGAGGACUUCCUGAACCAGGAGGAGUUCACCGCCAGCAGCUCGUCUCGCCGC